UAUUUUUUAAGAAGAACCGGAAAAUAUAACCGGUUUCUAUUUACAUUGACAUUCUAAAUGUAAGUUUUUGAACAAAAACCGGUUUGUCCAGCGGUUUCAUACCGGUUUAUAAAUAAAUCUGAUCUGCUUUUGUAGUUCGAUCCGGUCCGGUCGUCAGAUUUUUGGAGCCAAACCUCUGGAAAAUUCUUUAUUACGGUGAAUUUUUGAUUGAAUUUCCAAGCAAGCAACGUCACAAUGUGGGAGGACACGAUUCUGAUUGUCUUUAUUUCCAUUUUCACUGCACUUCUUGGUGAAGGUCUCACUUGGUACAUGGUGUACAGAACUGAGAAGUACCAAAAGCUGAAGACUGAGGUUGAAAGACAGAGCAAGAAAUUGGAGAAGCGCAAGGAGGCUCACGGAGAAUCGAUCGACAAGCAGCAAAAAAAGAAAAUCGAAAGGGACGAGGAGAAGUUGAAAAACAACAACCGUGAUUUGUCUCUUGUUAAAAUGAAGUCUGUGCUCUUCAUCGGUUUUGCUUUCACGGCUCUUCUGAGCAUGUUCAACUCUGUAUUCGAUGGCAGAGUUGUUGCAAAGCUGCCAUUUGUUCCGAUUACUUGGCUUCAGGGGCUCAGCCACAGAAACCUCUCCGGAGAUGACUACACUGAUUGCUCAUUUAUAUUUAUUUACAUUCUUUGUACCAUGUCUAUUCGACAGAACAUCCAAAAGUUGCUGGGCUUUGCGCCUUCCCGCACUGCUUCGAAACUCAGCGGCAACAUGUUUGGAGCACCGCCCCAGCAGUUCCGAUAAAGCAGUUAGAACUUUCCACACCGCCUCCGAGCCGUGUAUUUUGAAUCGUUGGCAGUCGAUUUUCCUUGACGUCUGCGACGUUCCUUUUUUUCAUUAACCCAGUCCCUGGAAUGUUUUACGCUCUUUCCCCGCUGGACUCUUUGACGUUUGCCACGCUCCCUGGAAGGAAAGGAAACAGUUUUGUUGCUUAAAUUUGUUUUAAAUAAUGUAAAAUAUUAAAUUAUUGAUUAAAAA